AUGCAUCUUGACUCUUGUUUAAACUGGAAACAUCAUGUCCGUCAGAAAAAAAUGCAUAUUAAAGAAAAAAUGCGAGAGCUCUAUUGGUUAGUUGGACCCCAUUCUGAGUUAACUAUAGAAAACAAACGUCUACUAUAUGUAGCUAUUAUAAAACCAAUUUGGACCCAUGGCAUUCAACUGUGGGGUUGUGCUAGUAAGUCUAACAUUGAUACAAUACAACGUUGCCAAAACAUCGCUCUUCGGACUAUCACUGCAGCCUACCGGUUUGAAAGAAACGAUGCCAUUCACCGCGAUAUGAUGCUGCAUACAAUAGCAGAAGAAAUCCAAAAGUUUGCUCGUAAACACGAGAGGAGAUUAGAGGACCAUAUCAACCCAAUGUCCAUCGAACUGUUAGACAACUCCAAAGACAUUAAACGCCUUAAACGUCUGAAACCAUACGACUUAGUUUAA